AUGUGGGAUGACGAGGACAACAACCCCUACGGGUCCUUUGACCGCCGCGACUCAACGUCCUCGGAUCCAAACCGCCCAAGCUCACCUGGCGGAUGGUUCCAUCGCCCACAAACUCCGCCAUCCGGAAGCUCCUCUCCACGCGAUGAUUCGCCAGAGUUCAUAUCACAGCCUCGAGACCUCAGCGACGUGGAGUACGACGAUGAGCAACCCCGAGUCAGACAGGUCGAGCCGAAGAAGGGAGGCUACGACAGCCGGAUCCAGCAGAUACUCUACGAGAAUCCAGACCUCCCCAUCCUCAUCACACACGCAGGAAAGAAUGCAGAGAGCGGGGGCAGCUAUAUUGCCUAUACGAUCAGAACAGGCGAUCUCGAAGUUCGCCGGCGGUACUCCGAGUUCGCGUCACUACGGCAGACGCUAGUGAACCUCCAUCCUACUUUGAUCAUCCCACCGAUACCAGAGAAGCAUUCCAUGGCGGACUACGCCGCUAAGCCGACAAAGGCAAAGGAAGAUGCUGGCAUAAUAGAGCUGCGCAAGCGGAUGUUGGCCGUCUUCCUGAACCGAUGUCGGAAGAUGAAGGAGGUGCGGGAAGACGGCGUCUGGUGGAGGUUCCUCGAUCCGAACGCAAGCUGGAGCGAAGUCCUCCACUCGCACCCCGUGAGCUCAAUACCCAAGCAAGUCCUCAAAGCGCCACCACUAGAUACCGCAAACCCAACACCCGCCCACGCCUUCCUCCCUAUGCCUUCGUCCUCAGCCAAGCUCAAGUCGACGUCCGGAACCUCCUCUAGCGGCACACCGACAGCUCCACCCCCGCACUCCGCCUACCCCUCCGCCGCCGCACACACCAUCCCCGGCCCCCAAGUUUUCGGCCGCUUCCCGCCCGACUCGCACAAUCUCUCCGAGGAAGACCUAGACCCCUACUUCGUCGCCUUCGAAGCCUCCUCUAAAGAGCUCGAGACGCUCCUCCAAGGCAGCAUGGAGAAAACAAACCGACGAACGCUCAGCCACCUCUCAUCCUGGGCAGACGACAUGGCCGAGCUAGGCGCUCGCUACAACGCCUUCUCGCUCUCGGAGCAAUCCCCCACGCUCGCCGCCGCGAUCGAGAAGACAGGCCAGGCGGUCGACAGCACAUACAUCGCGACGGCGGAGCUAUCCUCCAGCCUCAGCGCGUCCUUCGCGGAGCCGAUGCGCGAGAGCGCGCAGUUCGCGGGCGUGGUAAGAAGCGUGCUGCGGUACCGGGUGCUCAAGCGCGUGCAGGAAGAGAUGACGCGGGAUGAGCUCGAGAAGAAGAAGACGCUGCUUGAGAGCCUUGAGAGGAGUGAGAUGGAGGCGAAGAGGAUUGAGCAGUACCUCUCGUCGUCUGGUCAACCGACCUCUCCACAGUCCUCUGGUGUGCCGAAGCGCAGCACCUCCUCAGGGUCCCGGACCAGCAGCGAACAGCAGCGGUCCGCGCAGACAAGACGGGAAGAAGACACAGUCUCCAUCGACAGCGAUUUCCCGCCUACGCAUGGAGACGCUGGGCAGCCUCCUAGCGCGCAGCAAGGGAGACCACAGCAGGAGGAGCAACAGGGGAGGCAGGAAGCGCACAAGCGCGCGCAGAGCGGGGGCUUUGUGACGAACAAGAUUCUAGGGCGGAUCAAUCACGCGAUUCACGGCAUCGUGGACGUUGAUCCCGAGAGGACGCGACGGGACCAGAUCGGGAAGACCAAGGAGAGUCUGGAGCACCUCCAACAAGCCCUCUCAGUCGCCGAGAAGGACGUCAAAGACGCCAGCGCCGGGGUCCUGAAGGAUAUGAAACGCUUCCAGGCGGAGAAGGAGGAGGAUCUAAAUCGCUACAUGCUUGCCUUCGCACGCUGCCACAUCGACUGGGCCAAGCGCAGCCAGGCCGCGUGGGAGGAGGCGAAGGCUGAGGUCGAGAGGAUCGAGGUCAGGCCGCCGAACGCGGACGUGUAG